CAAAACUCCUUAAUGCCUUAUCACCAAAUUUCUAAAUUAAUUUCGUAUCGUAUGCACGAAUAAUAAAAAAAAUAAAUAAAUUCUAUGCUUGUACUACUGUUUCAAAAUAAUUUAUGCCCCAGCACUAGUGACAUAUGUCAUCUGUCACCGGCAUUGACAGCUGUCACACAAGCACUGUCAUAAUUUUUCCAUAAACAACAUUUUUUUUUCAGUAUUAAUUUUAUUUUACUCAUAAUGGAAAAUCCAGAGGAAUCCCAAAAUAAUAACAAUAUUAAAAAGUCAACUUGGGGCUCCUUUGAUGACUCAAGUUUAUCGGACAGUAAGCGCUCGGAGGAGCCUCACUACCAGGGUGCCCUAGAAUUAGAUGAAACUUUAAAGAAUAAACUCAUUGAUAUGCCAGAAGUGUUGGAGUUUGUGGAGAAGUUACAGAGGAUUAUUAAAAAACAAGUUAAAAAAAUUAUUAAGUGGAAAAUGAAGGUGAAAGAACUGUCUGAAAAGAAACAUCACACAAGCCACACAUCAACCCAAACAACCCCUGAGGAUCUUAAGCACCCAAAUAAACCUGAUAAUGAAAUUAUUGACUUAACUAAUGCAGAAGAAAAAUCCCUCACGGAGAGCAUAAAGGAGGCAGCAGAACAGGCAGUCCAUUCCUCUGGGUUUGUUUAUGAAGAAACUUCAGGGUUGUAUUAUGAUUAUAACAGUGGUUACUAUUAUAAUGCAGAAUAUGGGCUUUACUAUGACGGAAGUAGUGGCACAUACCUAACAUACAACCAAGAGACUCAGACUUACGACUUCCAUUCACAAGUGUCAACCGAUUUGGCUCCAGACGUACCGGCACGACGCAAGUCUAAAAGAAAAAACGUGAAAACAAAGAAAACAAAAGGGGCGAAACGUAGAAAAACCUCCAAAGACGAAGAACAGGAGGACGGCGAGUGCUCGGAUAGUUCUUUGGGCAGUAGCGGCGGGGACAGUCUCCGGUCAGAAUCGAGCGAAUUGAGUAAACAGUGGCCCCCUUGUAUGCGGCUCAUAGUGGAAACCACCGAAAUACCGAAAAUCAAAACCGGAUCGUUGUUUAUCAUCACUUGCGACGGCGGUAGUUUGGGACGCGAGGGCAGUCAGCAUUCGGUGUGUUUACCGGAUUUGAACGUCAGCAAGCACCACCUGAAGAUCCAGUACGAAAAAGAGACUUUCAAGUAUACGAUCGUCGAUCUGGGGUCGAGAAAUGGCACUUUUUUGAACGGCAAGAGGAUAUCGAGUUCGAAACAGGAGAGUGAACCUAUAGAGGUGCCACACGGCAGUAAAAUUCAAGUGGGAUCGACCGUUUUGAUGUGUCACAUCCACGAAGGGACUCAGACUUGUGGACAUUGCGAGCCCGGAUUACUGAUCGAGGAGGAAAGAGAGCAACUGUUGCCGAGAACGACCGCGGGCAAACAAAACACCAGCCAGCAGUUCAAAAGCGAGCUCAGAAGAUUGAAAAAGCACCACGGCCUCCUCGGAUCCGGCUCAGAAGAGUCCGCCAAGGUCGCGGAAGGUUACACGGAUCGGGCGCAGAAGAGACGUAACGAGGUCGGCAGUCAGAACCCGUACGAGAAAACUCAGGCGGCGUCUGUAAACGAAUCGAUUUCUGCCGAAAAUAAAGGGUUUAAGCUCCUAUCGAAAAUGGGCUGGAAAGAGGGCGACUCUUUGGGCAAAGACAACACCGGCCUGAAGCAACCCAUCCCCCUGGUGUCGAACGUGGGAACUUCCGGGAUCGGGGCGUCCGUCCCAACUAACGUUUCCGUGCCUGUUGAGGUCAUCAUGAAAAAUUCCAUAUGGAAAAAGACGCAGGAGCGUUUCGACGUUUUACCCGAUAAAUCGGACAUUUUUCACGAUGAAAACGACUCGGACAGUUGAGAAGUCAUUUAUUAGAAGUUUAAGUGUCAAAUUUUGUUGUUUUUCCGGUACAUUUCUUGCAUUUAUGUAGCUUAAGUCACUUGUUAAGUUUUAUUUAGAUUGGUAAUUAAAUGAUUUAUCUGUU